AUGGCUAUGCUUGGAUCGAACAUACCGAGUGAGGUUGGGUUAAAGUUGCUUCUCUGCCCCCUCGGUUCUAAUGUUGUCAUCCGAACAGCAUGCUGUACUGUGGGAAUUGGUUUACCUGUUUACUCGACAUUCAAAGCCAUUCAGUCAAGAGAACAAAACGAACAACAAAAAUGGCUUAUAUACUGGGCAGCUUAUGGAUCUUUUAGCAUUGUUGAGGCAGUGACAGAUAAAUUUCUUUACUGGUUUCCCUUCUACUACCACAUGAAGUUCGCAUUUCUUGUGUGGCUCCAGUUCCCUUCUGCGGAUGGGUCAAGGCAAUUGUAUGUACGUUAUUUGCGCCCAUUCCUUAGGAAGCAUCAAGCUAGGUUUGACCAACUUGUGGGAGUUCUGCAAACUGAAACGGCUAAAUUUGCUAAUGCCUACAAAGCAGAAUUGCAGUUAGCGAAGGCACUGCUCUCAAAGAUUUUCAUAUCAGCUCGGGAUAUUGUGCACCCUGGGCAACGGAUUAAUGGUGCUAUUGAAGGUCCAACUGCGGAAGAAGAGAGUUCGGAAUCGGACGACGAGGAAGAUUGA